AUGUUGUCUUCGCUGAGAUGCACUCUUCUCAUUCUUUUGGUGUUCAUCGCAAGCAUCGCUUCCGGCUUUGUGCUUCAAGAUUUGCCCCUCGAACGAUUCGAACGAAGCUCAAAAAAUGAAGCCGGAAUGCUGGAAAGAAAUAUUCGAACCCUGAUGUUCCGACCGGUGCCGAAUUUUGUUUCUCGAUUUAGUGGUACUGAACUUUUCGACCAAACUCAUUUCGUCACGAUGAGCUACACCCUGUUAAUUUUCUUGGCGUUUUUGGCGCAAUUCGUCGAUUCUGGAAGUGUUGGAUUGUGUCGAACGGAAUGCAUCGAAAAGAACACCGCCAAGAUUGUUCGCGUUCAUUUGAAGGACGAAAUGGUGAAAGUCGGUGUUUGCACGAAUUCAACGAAACCAGGUGUUGUGUCGAUCGUAACCCCGUACAUUUGCAACAUGAAUCUCGGAUUGUGGACAUUCGAUGAAACGGAUGAAGAAGGAAUUGCAAAUUUUGAGGUGUUCUGUCCUACACCAGUUCAGUAUCCAGUAUAUCUUCAACUGACUUGUCCCUACUCUGUCCCGCAGAAUUUUCAACAACUCGACGACAAUCCAUUUACUUUGAAUUUCGGCGAAUUUUCCGGAGAUGAGCCGCUAUCAUUUGGAUUCUAG